AUGGGAUUCACAGAUUUUCUUUGUCAAUCACUUCAAAGCAAAUCUCAGGACAUUGUAAAUGCUUUGAAUCUUGUUUCAAGUACAAAAAUGAAGCUUGACGAGGUGAGAAAUAAUGGUUGGGAUGAUUUUAUCAACAGUGUACUAUCAUUUUAUGAACAACAUGACAUUAGUGUACCUGAUAUGAGUGCUCAUCAUAAAAUGGGUAGAGUUCGUUCUUGUCAACAAAAGGAUUCUAUUACAGUUGAGCAUUAUUUCUGGAUUGAUGUAUUUAAUGAUGUAAUAGAUUUUCAGUUGGUAGAGUUAAAUAUUAGAUUUCCAGAGCAAACUGUGAAACUUCUUUAUCUUAGAUCAACAUUAGAUCUUCGUAAUUCAUUUGAGCGGUUUAACAUUGGUGAUAUAUGCAAUCGUGAUGGGAAGUUUUAUCCUCAAGAUUUUACUACCACUGCAGGCUUUACAUCAAUAGUUGGGAUUUUUUAA